AUGACUCUCAAUCUCGCCGAGUACGACGUCCUGGUCUUUGAUAUUGAAGGAACCGUCUGUCCCAUCUCCUUUGUCAAGGACGUCCUGUUCCCAUACGCCCUCGAAGCUCUCCCCAAGGUCCUCGACCAAGAGUGGGAUAGCCCCGAGUUUGCAAAGUACCGCGAUGCCUUUCCCGAAGAGUAUCGCAACUCGCGCCCCGACUUCGAGGCCCACGUCCGCGAUCUCGUGAAACGCGAUGUCAAGAUCGCCUACCUCAAGUCCCUCCAGGGAUACCUCUGGCUGCAGGGCUACAAGUCGGGUGACAUUGUAGCUCCCCUCUUCCCCGAUGUUGACCCCUUCUUCAACCAGGCCGUCAAGGGCGGCAAGAAGAUCAUCAUCUACUCGUCUGGCUCUGUCCCGGCCCAGAAGCUCCUCUUUUCCCACACAAACUCGGAAAAGUCUGACAUGACGCCUCUCAUCGCCGACUACUUUGACACCACCAACGCCGGACCCAAGACCGAGGUUGACAGCUACAGGAAGAUCAUCUCCAGCCACCCAGAGCACAAGGACCUGGGUAGGUGGCUCUUCCUCAGCGACAACAUCCACGAGGUCUCAGCUGCCGUCGAGGCGGGUAUCCGCAGCGUGCCCGUCAUCCGUGACGGCAACGCGCCCUUGCCGCCAGACAACUCUCUGACCAAGCUCGCCAUCUCCGAGUUCAAGCAUUCGGAGGAUGCAUGA